AUGUCGUCAGUCGUCUACUAUAAGUUUUUUCACCAGAAGAACCGGUCAGUGAUCCACUUUGACGGUACAGCUAUAUCCGUCUUCGAUCUCAAGCGAGAGAUUAUCCAGCAGAACCAGCUAGGACUGGGUCUUGACUUCAAUUUACGUUUAUAUCAUUCAGAACUGCCCGACACAGAGUAUGAGUUAGACCAGGAUGUCAUACCGAGGUCGUCCUACGUCUUGGCGAAAAGGUCUCCUGCUAUAUUUAGGAACAGAUUUAGUACCAAUGCUUCCAGAUAUGUUACAGGAAAGCCACGGAUCAACAGAAAAGCCAUCAACACCGCUGGAAUAACGACUGGUGUCACAGGACCAACUCUCGGCCAAAGACCAGUGGACGAAAACAUUUCGGAAGAAGAUCGAAUCAAGUUGAUGUUUGAGAACCAGGAGAAUGCCUGGGCCCAGACUCAGGACGAGUUGGCCACUCACAAAAUGAUACACUACAAGCCUGGAGCCGCUGGAGCUAAGGAAGACUUACCGCCACCAGGUUAUAUUUGCUAUAGAUGUGGGAAGAAAGACCACUGGAUCAAGAACUGUCCUACGAACAACGACCCCAAUUUCGAGGGAAAGAAGGUCUUGCGUACGACCGGUAUUCCAAAGUCGUAUUUGAAGACAAUUUCUAAGGAGGAGUUUGACAAGAAAAUGGAGACCGAUGCUUUUGAAACUAACGAAAAUGGAGACAUUAUUGAUAGCGAAGGCAAUGCCAUUUUAGUGACAGAAGACGGAGACUAUGCCAUAGCCAUGGCUGACAGCAAGACCUGGCUCACAUACCAGGAAAAGCAACAGAAUGCUGCCUUGAAGGCACAGCAGGACUUUGAAAAGAAGAUAGUGGCUUGCAUAGAAAACGAUAAUCGAGCAGAGUUCUUGGAUCCUCUAGCUUCCACUAAGAAGUUGCUCAAGUCGCCCAUAGUGAUGACACCAUGUUGCACCGAAAAGUCCAAAUUGAACAAAAUGACCAAUUUCAGCUAUAACAAAAGCGCAUUGGAGCAGGUAUUAAUUGAGAAUGACUUCCAUUGCCCCAACUGUAACACCGAAGAUAUCUUCAUCGAUUCCUUGAUUCCCAAUGAAGAGUUAGAGUCGCAGUUGAAACAGUACAUCGAAGAGAAACACACAGAACUAGGCAUAGAGAUUCCAGGCUCAGAAAGCACAUUAAAGAGAUCAGCGGACGAUGCAGAUGAAAUAGGCCCAGAUGCUAAAAGACAACGUCCAGAAAUGGCCACCCCAUUUGGUCAAAUGAUGCCUGGAAUGCCCAUGCCACCUCCAGGAGUCAUGCCACCUCCAGGAGUCAUGCCUGCUCCUUUUGCUAUCCCUCCAGGUAUGCCCAUCCCUCCUCCCGGUAUGCCAAUGUUCAUGCCUUUCAGCAAUGUCAAUAACCAGAAGAAGAAUUAG